UUUCUUUUAGAAAAAUAUUUCAUAAUUCUCUUCUUAAACAACUUGCCCAAGCUUAUUUUUGCUUACAGAGAAAAAUAUUUUAACUGUGAAAAUGGUUUCCAGAUAAUUUCUUUAAUCAGAAUAGUUGUGAGAUGAAUCUGUCAACUACUGCGGUUCCACAGCCUUCUAGGUUUGUGGAAAUGAAUUUCAGUGCUUGUGGAAAACCUCCGAACUUUCAGCUGGUUCAGGAUGUAAGCUGGUGGGUGUCUGGUGUACUAACUACUGGAACAGGGUUUCUUGGAAUAAUAGGAAACUUACUAAGCCUAGCAGUUCUCUGCAGAAGAUCAAUGAUAAACGUGUUUCACCAUCUGCUUGCAUUCCUAUGCCUAGCAGACCUACUGUUUAUCCUGACCAACCUAGCGAUGGCACCAUCAGCAUUCAACUCUAAACUCUUCAGGUCUAUGAGUGCAUAUUCUGAGUGUGGGUGCCAUUUUGCUCUUGCAGCCUCAGUCUUUAUCACUGUCAGCAUAACCAUUGAAAGAUACCAGGCUGUUUGCUGCCCCUACAACUAUAAUGGACGAACUAGCACCAGGAAUCAUAAUAUUUCACUUUUCUCCUACAUGGUUCCUUGUAUUAUACUGGCACUCGUCUUCAAUAUUCCAAGGUUCAUUGUAAGCUUUCUGACCGGAAAGCAGCUUGGUCCUAGGCUGCUGAAGCUACUGAUCGUGUACCAGACGUUUCAUCCUCUCUCUACUACGGGAUUGUUUCCACUGAUUCUGCUUGGAACUAUGAACUACAAGAUCUACUCCUCUAUCCCAACCGGACCUCUCAUUACCAGCAGGAGAAGACAGGCCAAAAACUUCAGAAUGGCGCGUAUCGCUGUAGCUUUGGUUCUCAUCUUCAUCAUCUUCAACACACCAAGACUAACCAUUGGUAUUUUUGAGGUUACUGAAGUUAGCUCAAUCCUGGAAUGCUUCUCAAACAAACGUAUUUACUACCCUUCUACCUUGCAGCUAGUAGCAGAUAUAAUAUCCCAGUACUGUGCACUGUUGAACUCUAGCGUGAACUUUAUUGCUUACUGUAUGCUGGGAUCUCAGUUCAGAGCAGAAUUUAUCUCCAUGUUUAGCUGGAUAGUAAACCCUCAGAUGGAUGCGAGCAUUGGAACUGAUGGUCUAGCUCUGCAGGAUGGAAGACCACAGCAGACCCUGGAACUAACUACUUUAAGAUCAACAGAUCAACAUAGAGAUCAGGUCAACAACCAACCUAAAUCUAUGCAAGCUCAUCAUUCUGAAGCUCAGAAACAUCAUGAACAUAAAGGUCAGAAAGAUCAUCAACAUGAAAUAGAGGUCAAUGAUCAGCCUGAAUUACUAGUCGAUAAUCAACCUGAAGCUCAGGUCGACAAUGAACCUGGAGUUAAGGUACCAAAUCAACCUGAAAUUCGGAUUCAUGAUCAACCUGAAGCUCAGGUCGACAAUCAACCUAAAAUGAUGGAUGAUGAGCAACCUGAAGCUCAGGUUGGCAAUCUGCCUGAAGUUCAGGUCGAUGAUCAAUCUAAAAUUCAGAUUGAUGAUCAACCUGAUAUACAGGUCAACAAUCAACCUGAAAUACAGGUCGAGGAUGAACCUGAGGCUCAUAAAGAUGAAGGUGCCGCACAGAUAGAACAUCAAUGUAGUACUCAAAAUGAUCAACAAGUCAGAGAUGUAGAGUUUGAACUUUGAGGUGGUACACUAGAGAAAUCUGAUCAUCAGAAGUGCUUCUUUGUUGAACACUAGUGCUGGAAACCAGAAGAAUAUAUUCGCUGAGUAUCAGACAAAUAUUAUUGCUCAGAAUCAUAUAUAUACAAUCUUUGUUAAAAACCAGACUGGGAUCACUGCUAAGGAUUCGAUUGAACUCGCUGCAGAAAACCAGAUAGAAACCUUUACUGAGAAGCAGAUAGAAACCGUUACGGAGAACCAGAUAGAAACCGUUACUGAGAACCAGAUAGAAACCUUUACUGAGAACCAGAUAGAAACCUUUACUGAGAACCAGAUAGAAACCGUUACUGAGAACCAGAUAGAAACCGUUACUGAGAACCAGAUAGAAACCGUUACUGAGAACCAGAUAGAAACCGUUACUGAGAACCAGAUAGAAACCGUUACUGAGAACCAGAUAGAAACCGUUACUGAGAACAAGAUAGAAACCGUUACUGAUAACCAGAUAGAAACCGUGUGUGAGAUCCAGAUGGAUAUCGUUGCUAAGAACCUGGAAGAAUUCAGAGCUGAGAACCAGAAAAAUGCAGCCUUGAGAACAAGAUAGAUCUAAUUUCUGCAAAUGAGAACUAAUUGAAUAUUAAUCAUUUAGUCGUCCUCAUUUACAAAUACUAGAUAUAUUUCAUUGCUGAAAACAUUUACAUAUAAUUGCUGAGAACGGAAACCAAAUACACAUCAAAAAGCAAAUGAAAAUCCAUAAAGAGAUCUAACGUGAUUAACCUGAAGAAAAAAAGCCUGUAAAGGAUAAAAUAGUUGAAACCAUUUUCAAAAAAAA